GGUUCCCGUCUCUCGCUACAAUCCGUGUUAAAAUAUCUUUCUGCGUAUUUCUUGAUUUUCUCGCAGUGAUACCUAGGCCAUUUCAAACUUAAGCGGGCCAAGCUGAAAAACGUGUUAUUGUUCUGUGACGCACUUUUGUGCUCCCGCUAAAAUGUCUGCAGAAGAGACGGACAAAGCAGCCGCGACUGAUGCUACUGCGGGAGACGAGGAAGAAGAAUGGCUUUAUGGGGAUGAAAGUGAAAAUAAAGACAAUGAAGAGGAGGAAGCAAAGUUAACUGCCGCUAUCAGUGCCCUGCCUUCUCUACCAGUCCCAGAGGAGACCACCGGCAACGGAGUGACCAGUCAGGACACGCCAGGGGAUGAUGAAGACAGCGAGAGUGAUAGUGAUGAUGACGACGAUGAUGUUCGCGUCACCAUCGGCGACAUUAAGACAGGGGCUCCUCAGUACACUGCCUACGGGGCAGCCCCUGUUAACCUGAACAUUAAGAGUGCCGGGAGCAGACCAUAUGGAGCAGUAGGAACCAAGGUGAAGGGGGUUGAUUUGGAUGCCCCUGGUAACAUUAAUGGAGUGCCUGUGUUGGAGGUGGAUAUGGAAUCUUUUGAGGAGAAACCCUGGAGAAAACCUGGUGCGGACCUCUCUGACUACUUUAACUAUGGCUUUAAUGAGGAGACGUGGAAAGCCUACUGUGAGAAACAGAAGAGACUACGCAUGGGGCUGGACAUCAUCAACAUCGGGUCCACAACCAGCAAAAUCACUGUACAGCAGGGCCGUACAGGAAACAUAGAGAAAGAAGUGAGUGUAUCUGCCCACGUCACCAAACCUGACUUCACCUCACCAACCAACCUCUACAAAUCAGGGAUGAACACAGCCAGGAAGCCCAGUGGGACUAUUGAUGUCAUCGGGGGUCAGACUGCCACCAUUAGCAGAGUUGAAGGACGCCGUCGUCACAACUUGGAGGGGAACAAUAUCCAGGUGAUCUCCGAACACUCAUCCUCUGAAGCUGAACCCACACCUGCCAAGAUGCCUCCGUUUUACCCCCCAGGACCUCUCCCUCCAAACAUACCGCCCCCCCCGUUUCUUCCCCCUCCACCCAACGUCAGCACAGCUCCGCCUCUCAUCCCCCCGCCCAGGAUACCCAUCACCGUUCCUCCACCUGGUUUUCCACCUCCUCCAGGAGCCCCACCCCCAUCACUCAUGCCCACCCUGGACAACAGUGGGCAUCCUACAGGUUAUGACAGUCGUUCUGUUCCUCCAUACACUUUCCCGCCGGGGGGUUACCCACCUCCCAUGCAAGGGGCAGUGUCAUCUUGGCCCACGCUGUUGGACAGCUCUAAGCAGUGGGACUACUACCCCCGACGAGAGAAGGAGAGAGAGAAAGAGAGAGAGCGGGAGAGGCCGAGAGACAGAACUCACGAGAGGGACCGAGACAGAGAGCACAGUCCCUCUUCCAUGGCAUAUAACAGUGACGAGGAACGCUACCGUUACCGCGACUAUGCAGAGCGUGGUUAUGAGCGGCAUCGUGAGAGGUCCAGCCGUGAGAAGGAGGAGCGACACAGAGAACGCAGGCAUCGAGAGAAAGACGAGGGGAGACACAAGUCCUCGCGCAGCAGUAGCAGAAGGAGACACGACAGUGAAGAAGGAGAUAGUCAUCGGCGACACAAGCAUAAGAAGUCUAAGAGGAGCAAAGAGGGCAAGGAGCCCAGUGAGGAGCAUACCGCAGACCAGGAAAACCAGGAGUCCAUGGAGUGAGCGCUGAUGGCCUUCCCCCCCUCACCCUUCCGAGCAGGAGUCACGCUGAGAGGGAAACAGUCAGCACAGUCAUGGCACUUUGACUUUGACUUUUGUUUUAGUCUUUUUUUUUGCCACCACUGUUUUUCCCGAGUACCAUGUAGAUGUUAAU